CACGUUCAAAGGCUCAAAGCUCCCGAAUCUCUAGCAGCAGCCGCUCCAGGUCCUCGCACGAGCUCCCGCCUUCCUUCGUCCCGCCAGCCGCUUCCGCCGCCAACUCCUUGGCGCUCCCUCCCCUCCCUCACCGACCGCGCCGGCAAGCACGGCCGCGAGCUCGCCGGAGUCCGGGGCCAGGCCGAGUCGCCGUCGCCAGCCUGCAGCCGGCAGCAGGCCGGCGUGCCCAGCCACCCAGCCUGCUCAGGCCGUCGGCUGCCCCGAUCUGUCCGGAGACCGCAGGCAGAGCCACAUGGAGAUGACCCUGCUGAGAAGCCGCACCAUCGCUCCACUCCCAUCGACGCCCCGGCCGGCCUCCGCCCAGCGCCGCCGCUGCCGGCUUCCCUCCAGAACGGUCUUCCCGCCGCAGCCUCCUCCGCCAGGCCGAGGGGACAGGGUGUGCAGCAGGGCAAUGCGGCAGCGGCAGGAGUGGGUGGGGGACUGGGUCCGGAGCAACGACACGCUCGUCCGCGCCCUCCCCAUCCUCGUCGGCGGCGCGUCGCUCCUCGCCGUGCUCCUCAACCGCGCCGUCUCCGGCAUCGCCGCCGUCUCCGACGCCUCCAGUUCGCAGUCUAGGGCUGACAUACUCACCUUGGCGCUCUCUGUCACUGAUAUCCUUGCCGGCCUUGUUUGGCUGUCAAUCCGCCCGAAAACCAUUUCUCCGGUCGUUCCUCGAGGUGUCGAUUGUAAGCGAGUAGAUGCGGAUGUAUCAAGUUCUGCUCUUCGUGAACUACUUUGGACAUGGGAUUCCCUGGCGGCUGCAACUUGUUGCAAAUCCUUGGUUGUUGUGUAUGGAGGUAAUUGCAAACUUCAAAUUGGGAUUGCUGCUGCCUCUCCAGAAGAUGGUAAUGCUGUUAAUGUCGAUGCACAGAAGUUCAUGCAAGGUUCCCUUUACAAGAGUGCCAUGGAAUCCAAGAAGCAAUCUUAUCUAGCAAAUCUUGCUUUAUAUCCUGGAAGGAUCGAGUUGCCAUUUCUGCCAGCUAACACGCAGGCUCUAAUAUUGCAGCCAAUUGGUGAUAAAGGAAUUGCAGUUAUUGGUGGUGACACUAUAAGGGGGUUCACUAAUCUUGAUCAGGCAUGGAUUGCUAUGAUUGCAGACAAGUUGGAUGCUACAUUGUCAAAGUCUUAAGGAAUUUUGGUGUACCUCCGCCAGUGGGUCGUGCACUAGCAAGCUGUCAUGUCCGAGGCGAAGACACUUUGGAAGAAGAUGAGUUACAUGAGAACGAUCAGUAGUCCUGCUCAAAUCUUGUAUCCACUCCAAUGCGAGAACAUGGUUCAACAUAGAUAUGAGCCUCAUCACUUACGAGGCCUUAAUCAAGGGAUAUUCAGUACUUACAGAUAUGCUGACCUAAGAGCAAGUCUACUAAGAUACAAUCAGCAGACUGUAAGGAUUAAACAAGAAGGAAAAUGGGUUGUAGAUCAAUAGCUAACUGCAACCAAAAAACAUUAUGAGAGUGAGGUGGACAUGUAUA